AUGUCAAGAAUACGCGCACUCGAUUCCGAUGCUAUCCGAAAACUGUGCUCCAGUCAGGUUGUUGUCACUCUAGGAAUUGCCAUCAAAGAGUUGGUGGAAAACGCGAUUGACGCAGGAGCCAAGAAAGUUGGUAGGCCUCGCCCCCUUUUUUUCUCAGACUUGCCGCUAGAAAUCAAGCUGAAGAACUACGGCUGCGACUCGAUUGAGGUGAUUGACGAUGGUUGCGGCAUAAGUGAGGAUAGCUUUGAAACCCUUGGUAAAAAGCACAGCACGUCGAAGAUACAAGACUUCGGUGACAUUGUCGGGGUUACGUCGUUCGGAUUCCGUGGGGAGGCUCUCCAUUCGCUGUGCCAAGUGGCUGACGUUGCAGUACACACCCGAGCCGAGAGCGCUAGGUCGGGCACACGACUGGAAUUCUCCACUGCUGGCGAGGUGAAAUCGCGUCGGCCGUUGGCUCGCAGCAAAGGCACCACAGUCGUGGUGGAUCGACUUUUUCACACCCUUCCCGUACGAAGACGCCACCUAACCGACCAGAGUCGUUUGCUCAAGGAGUUUACUGCGGCUGUUAGCCUGAUUUCGGGCUACUGUGUCUCUCUGGUCGGUGUGCAGUUGGCUUGUUAUCGAUUUGACAAAAAGGGGACGAAAACUCUAGUUGUCUCGAAUAUGAGCGCCAGAUCUGUGUCCGAGAACAUAGCUGCGGUCUUCGGACAGGCUCAGCUUGAUUCCUUGGUAGAAAUUGCGAGCGAUUUUCCCCUCCCAAGCGAACUUAUCAAUGAAUUCAACGUGAAGUUGAGCAGUGAGGAAUUGGACGAGAUAAGGGUCUCUGGAUACAUAUCUGCGCCGCCAACAGGCGCUUCAAAAAACACCGGCAGGUCGUCCGCAGAUCGGCAAUUCGUCUGCAUCAAUGGUCGUCCAUGCGACUUCCCGCAGCUGACUCGUCUCGCCACGGACGUCUGGCGUCGCUGUUGUCGCGAGUGUCUGGCGGCGUCGUCUCAGUCCCUCGAAAUGCCUUCUCGAAGCACGUUUUCUGGAUUCCCAGUCUUGGUUCUGAAUAUCCAACUUCCCAGAGCCAAAGUGGAUGUGAAUUUGUCGCCAGACAAGCGUCAGCUCCUCUUGCACUGGGAACGUCCGGUUGUGAUGAAGGUGAAAGCAGCCCUUGUGGCGACCCUCGGUUGCAACGACGGUCAGCAGAGCCUCGCGAGUAUUUCAAACCUCGGCGAUUCUAACACCUUCGUCGAAGGAGGCGGUGAAGGUUGUUCGCCUGUGAGGUCGCUACAGCUCACUCAGCAGCCGCUAAUAUCACCCCACCUGACCAUAACUCCAUCGACUCCUGAGGCUAGGUCGUCGCCUCAAUUGGCCAAGCGACCGCGGCUCUCGAUGCCGGUGUGCCAACUUCAGACGACUUCACCGUCGACACCGAGUGCGAGAAAGUCCAUUUUCGCCAGCGAUUCUGCCAGGAAGACGUACGACAACAACUUGGUAGGCCAUUUUGAUCGAAUAGUUCGCGCCUACCACGAUGCAUCAACCUCCACCGCCGCCUCUUCCACCGCCAUCACCACCUCUGCUACCAGCCUCCAGCACGACCUCUGCCACCGCCUCCACCUCCGCCACCAACCUCUACCGGCACCUCUGCCACCACCUCCACGACCUCUGCCACCAACCUCUAGCAUCGACCUCCACCACCGCCUCUCCCUCCACCAUCACCACCUCUGCUACCACCACCAUAACCUCAUAUUCAAUGAAUCCCUAUUACCAAAUAGGCAUUGUUUGUUAUUUGUCAAGCCUAUCCUCAAUCGUCGAAGGAUCGACGUUAACUUCUCAUUGGAACGCCUUCACCGUUACUGGAUGUCACAAGACGAACCUGCCGAGUCCACUGAGGUCUCUUCAACUGGAUGCUUUCACGCGGGUCUGACUGAGUCGUCUGCUGAAUCGGAGUUGACCACAUUGUUUAAACGAGAAUGGUUCAAGGACAUGCGAGUGGUCGGUCAGUUCAACAAGGGCUUCAUCAUCUGCCAACACGAGAAAGAUCUCUUCAUUGUGGACCAGCACGCGAGUGAUGAGAAGUACCGAUUUGAGUGCCUAUGUGCGAAUCACCAGUUCACCAGCCAGCCUCUUGUCUCGCCUCAGCAACUGACCUUGAACGCGGUGCAAGAGCACGUGUUGGAGGAGAACAUGGAAGUGUUUGCGAAUAAUGGAUUUGCCUUUUCAGUUGACGAAAACGGCAACGCCCUUGGGCCGGCGCUACUGCCUCGUGUCUGCACCAAUGAGCGAAGGCAAGGUCUUUGGUCGAGCCGGUAUGUGAAGGUUUGUGUGUUUUGGAGCACUGCUAGUGUGCACCUGUCCGUAGACAACCUUUUUCGCCUUGCAGAUGUCGAGGAAAUGCUCUUCGUCCUAUCGGAAAGUCUGUCCCGGAACUGUCGACCGUCGAGACUUCGCGACGUUUUGGCCUCGCGCGCAUGCCGAAGCGCAAUAAUGAUUGGCACAUCUCUCAGCCACCAACAGAUGACACGAAUCUUAGCCAACAUGAGCUGCAUGGAACAUCCGUGGGUAAGACGGUGGUUUGAUGUGGAACUCCUUGUCACCACAAAACCUUGCAUUUUACCCUCUUCUUCCACCCUUAGAACUGCCCUCAUGGAAGACCGACAAUGCGACACCUCUUCCAUCUUGGAAGGCUGCACCAACUAG